GUGCUCCGACUACGGCCUAACCAGUGAUCGAGGGAGAGGGUAUGGAGUUUCUACUGGACGUCGUUGACAGGUAGGUUCCCGGCGAGAUCUGUGCAAAGAUUUCUGUUGUACAUAGGCGCGGGCGGCGUGGGUAGAUCAUAUGUUUCUAAUUCUUUUGCCGGCGACUCGCCGGCCGUAUUUGUAGGUUCCCGGUGCGUGAGGAAUUUGCGGACAACCUAGACAACCCAGAUCCAGUUCCACUACUUUAUCUGCUGGAGAAGGGGAGUGCAACUAAGGAUAUGGGUGAGGGCAAUGGCGUCGCUGAGCAAUCUCAAAUGGAGGAUGUAGGAGCAGCAGCCGCAACGCAACAAGGUGGCGACUCUUUGCGAGCUGAAUCUCCAACAAGGUCUGCUCAAUCAACAGGCAGAGUGAAUCCACAAGCCCCCGGUUGGACGAAAAGGCUCUGGCUCGGAAGUGCACCACCUGACCGGGUGCCUUGCCCGUCGAGGAUGAGCGCACUAGAAAUUUCAAUCCGGAAGUAUGCAGAGCAACCUGAUAAGAGCGUCGUUAAACCAGAGCUGGGACUUAGUUUCGAUUCGUUGGGAGAGGCAUAUGAUUUCUAUAACCUGUACUCGUGGGAAGUGGGUUUUGGGAUAAGAUAUGGAAAAAGCUGACUGAACGCCGAAAGGACUAAAACUAUGCAGGAAAUAGUAUGUGGUUGCUCGGGAAAACCGGAGACUGAAAACAGUCGGUGGUGUAGAUGUGAGUGCCCAGCUCUGAUCAGGCUGUUGCGUGCAUCCGACAACAGCUGGUACAUCACAGAGCAUCGAGCAAGUCAUAACCAUUCCAUGUCGCUGACAAUGGGAGAAAAAGUGCACUGGCCAUCUCAUAAGCACAUAGAUGUUUACACCAAAGACUUGAUAAAGCAGCUCAGGGAAAACAAUGUUAAUCUGGGAAAAGUGUACAGCAUCAUUGGGGGCUUUUUUGGGUCUGUGGAAAAGGUCCCCUUCACGAAGAGGACACUCAGGAAUAUAUGUGGCAAGAUUAGCCGUGAACAGGCUGAAGACGACGUUCGGAAGACACUUCAGGCGUUUGCUGACAUCCGAGCAAAUGACCCCGGAUUCUCCUAUGUGGUGUUAGCCGAGAAAGACAGCAAAGUUAAGAACCUGAUGUGGGCUAACGGGAACAGCAGGAUGCAGUACAGAUUCUUUGGCGACGUUGUGACUUUUGACACCACCUAUAGGACAAACUUAUAUGAUAUGCCAUUUGGCCUAUUUGUCGGAGACAACAACCACUACCAGAGUAUUAUCUUUGCGCGGGUGUUGAUGCAUGAUGAGCAAGAAGAGAGCUUUGAAAUGGGUGUUCGAGGAAUUUGUACGUAUGAUGGGUGGACCUCCGCCAAAAACAAUACUUACAGGGCUAUGGAGAUUGCAAUCAAGAAGACAUAUCCAGACACGGUGCACCGUUGGUGCAAAUGGCACGUUCUGAAGAAGGCGAAGGAGACACUAGGGCCCUUAUACACGAAGAAGAGUGGUUUUCAGGCAGAAUUCCACAAAGUUGUUAACCACAUGCUUAGUGAGGAGGAAUUUGAAACAGCUUGGGAGGCGCUGCUAGAUAAGUACAGCUUGAGGAACCAUAGCUACAUGACUCAAAUAUAUGAGACUAGGCGGAAGUGGGCAAAACCAUAUUUCAGAGGAGUGUUCUGCGCAAAAAUGACAAGCACGCAAAGGAGUGAGAGUGCAAACCACAGGUUGAAGUCUUAUAUGCCCCCAGCCAGCCCAAUGCACGUUUUCGUCAGACAAUACAUGAAGCUACAGUUUGAUCGCGAACGCGACGAAAGCUACGAGGAAAAGAGGACGAUGAUAGGCGGUGCGGUGAGGCGGACUAAUCUUGCAAUAGAGCGACAUGCCAGCAAGGUAUACACCAGGAACAUGUUUGAGGAAUUCGGGCGUUUACUGAUGGAAGGAACUGCAUACAAUGUUACGGAAGUGGAGAGGAUGAGAAAAUACAGGACAACCCACAAUAAUGCAGCAAAAAGGGAAAAGUGGAGUAGGGUCGAGUACGAGGUGACCAUGAACGAAGAAAAAACAAUAUUCAACUACGAGUGCGGCCAGUUUGAUCACACUGGAAUGCUUUGCAGCCAUGUUUUGAGGGUUAUGGAAAUUCUUCAUUUGGAAGAGAUUCCAAAACACCACAUCCUAAAACGGUUGACCAGAGACUGCAAGGGAUAUACUCCCUGAUCACCUGGUGCAAUA